ACAUCUAGACCCUUUCCAUCCAAUAUAUCUACCCCUCCGCAGACAAGACCAGCGACAGCAAGAUCAAGUCCGCCAUCAGACAUCUCCCGCUGGCCCUCCGGCGCAACUUCAUGAUCAAGCUGGUUAAGAACCCCGUCGUGCAGCCGGCGGUGCUCUGCGGCUUGCACAAGAGCCUCAACCCCUACGUCAUCAACCAUGUCCUCAGUCUCGUGAAGCGCGAAGUCACGGUGCAUCUGGGCUGUCUUGACGGGUACAUGGAGCAUCUUGCUCCCGAGCUGAAGUGCGUGAUGCGGUCUAUCGGGGCGAUGAAGGGCAUGUGGUGGGUUCCUUCGGCUGCGGAGUGCGAGCCGCCUGUGGGCGCGGUGAGGGUCCAAGAUAAUGGCUGUGAGGCGUGCAUGUUGGCGCGGGUUGUGUCUCAGCCGGUGUACAUGACUGAUCUCCGCGGGGCGUUGUUGAGUCGCACGCGGACGAGAGGGAGUACACAUCGGGCACCGAGGUUGCUGGCCUUUGUUGAUAGCGCGAUCAACCGUCAAAGGGAUGCGGCAGAGCUGUUCUACAUCAGCGGCCAAGUAGGUUUCGAGCUUAAGAAAGCGAGGAAGCAGGCGGCCAGGUAUUUCAGGAGUGAAUUGGAGGAAUACAGAGAGCGCGAGCCAGCGAAGAGCGAACAUUCGAUUAUCGUGUACCUGGAUCCGAACGCCAAAGAUCCAAGCACUGGGCUAGAGCAUGUUCAAUAUGACGACACAGGAUACGAUCCCAGAUACGACCCCAGAUACGAUCCAGCCUCACCGGGAGCCACCUCAGACUGCGACGCGAUAAUCGAAGAGAUCAUCAUGGCAUACGCCAGUUUCACAGACGGCAAGAGUGUCCACGAAGCAGACCUGCCCCCCGUUGACGACUCGAUCGACGUGCCUCUCGUCAGCCCACUAUCCGUCACAAAGUACACCGGAUCAAGCUUCUCUUCGCCCGAACCAGACCAACCGCAAUUUGUUUUCCAUUCGGGCAAUUUCCCCCGAGAGAUCGACUGGGACCAUAUAAUCAGCCAACCCAGUCCCCUGGAAGCAUUGAAAGAAGUAAUGCGAUCUAUCAUUGAAGAGGAUCCUCGCUGUACGGCGUUAUUCGAAAGUGAGGAGCCUGCAGGUCGCUGCCGCGAGCUGAUCGACACAUGGUUUGAACGUAAUCGGAUAUCCGAGUAUGAGGAUUGCCCCGUGAAUGAGGAAAUCGGGCCGGCGAGCAGCACUUGGGACUUCGUAUGCAGAUAGCGAUAAUUCACCGCAGAGUCAUUUUUCUUCGGUUUCAGAGUCGGUAAGCCGAACGGUCAGUUUGGAUCCAGGUGGUUAUGCUGUCAUCUGACAUGGUCACAGGCGUAUAUACAUUGUUCUGUCAGCACCCGCAAGCUCUCACCUGAUAUUGGCUUUCGAUAGAGAGCUAGGAAACACCGAACUAAUAUGGAUGGCGGUCACUAUGCCCCAUCAACCAAACUGGUCCAUG